CUUGUAGUUCCUCUUUAUGAUGGGAUAAAACCCUUUUUAUUCUCCGACUCAUUGACUUUCUGUCGUCCAUUUCAUCUCAUCUCACCGGAUACUAAGGGGAUGAAGCAUCUGAGGAUUCUGGCGCCGUUCCUCUUCCUCUCGCUGAUCCGGGAUCAGACGGCGAACAGAGAUGAUUUGAGGCCGACCUGCAGGCGCUGCGACCUCCAUCACUCCUGUAACUGCUCCUUCGGUGGGUUCACCCAUGUUCCCAUGGUAACAGACCAAGCACUGAGCCUGGACCUUUCCUUCAACAACAUCACCAUGGUGACCCAAGAUGACCUGAUGGGACACUCACAACUGAGGGCUCUGGAUCUCCAUGGUAACGGGUUAGCUGAGAUCCAUCCGUCAGCGUUCGACUCGCUGUGGAGCCUGGAGGAACUGGAUCUGUCUGACAACCAGCUGAAGUUUCUCAACCCCAAGUGGUUCAACAAGCUGGAGCCACUGAAGCAUCUCAACCUGAUCAACAAUCCGUACAGUUUUCUUGGCUCCCCUUCAUUGUUUCUUGGGCUUUCCAGACUGAGAAGGCUGAUGUUUGGAGGUCCAGAUCUGAAGGAGCUGAGGAGAGAAGACCUAUCAGGAGUCACCCACCUGGAAGAGCUUACUGUUCAGGCCAACAAUCUGGACCGGUAUGACGCUGGUACUUUUGGGGACAUUUGGCCCCUGGGUCAUGUCACCCUCAGUCUUCACGGCCCGUUUUUAACAAACCCUGCGUUGGCUGCAGCUAUGCUCAAUGACGUGUCCUACCCUGAAACUCAGCUCACUCUGUCAGACCUCCGUCUGGCUCAUAAUGUGUCUGUUCAACCUUUUAAAGAUUCAAUCAACAUAAUCAGAUAUCUGUCUCUCCAUAAUGUGUCGCUGUCUGAUGAAGCAUGUGGCUUCCUGCUGGCACUGCUAGAUGGAGUCCCGCUCAGAUCCCUCUCCCUUGUGGGUUUAACUCUGACAGGCGAGGGCAGGUGGGUAGCGGCUAACCAGACAGAUCUGAGCAGCAUGGACGAGUUCUUUGCCAGUGACGUCAUAAUUUUAGACAUUUUGAAGUUUGCCAUGGAUUCAGAAAUACAGUAUCUGGUGCAACACCAGAAGAAGCUCUCCAUUAUUAACUCAAAGUUGUUCCUGUUAUCCUGUUACAUAACCAAGAAGAUGGUGAACACAUUAUACUUGGAUGUGUCCGAUAACCUGCUAACCGACCUGACUCUGUCUUACAUGCUGUGUGACAACGACGAAACUCUCCAGGAGCUCCGAGUUUUAAACAUGAGCGGAAACCUUCUGAAGUCUUUGUCCACGUUGAGUCGCCUGGUCACCAAGCUCACCAAGCUCACCCAGCUGGAUGUUAGCAGAACCGGCUACAGAUCCAUGCCCACCAGUUGCUCCUGGCCGUCCACCCUGAGGUAUCUCAACAUCUCCCGGGCUAAGCUAACCAUCGUCACUCCCUGUCUUCCAAAAUCUCUGGAGGUGUUGGAUUUAAGCUAUAAUGAUCUCAAAGAAUUUGUGUUGACAUUGCCAAUUCUGAGAGAGCUCCAUCUUUCUGGAAACAAGUUCCUGAGGUUACCAGCAGGGGGCCCAUACCACAAUCUGCAAACACUCAUGAUACAGUCAAACACCUUGAACACGUUCAGCCUUUCAGACCUUCAGUCAUACAGACGACUUGAGAACCUCGAGGCCGGACACAACAAGUUUGUUUGCUCCUGUGGAUUCGUCACAUUCCUCCGCUCACAACUAACAGGAAGUGGAGAUGUGAAAAUAACAGAUAAACAUCAGACCUAUGUCUGUGACUCCCCUCUCUACCUGCAGGGGGAGGCAGUGAGUCACGUUAGCCUCUCCAUCAUCCAGUGCCAGCCAGUUUUGUUUGUGUCUGUUAGCUGUGGGGUCGCACUGCUUCUUGGGAUACUGGUUGCAGGCCUGCUUUGGCGAUGCCACGCAUUCUGGUUCCUGAAGAUGACCUGGGCCUGGCUGAAGGCCACGAGAAGUUCCCAACGACGACGGCGAAACAGAAACACGGAGGAAUCAGAUCCAUUGCUGUCCUUUGAUGCAUUUGUUUCCUACAGUGAAGAAGAUGCCAGCUGGGUGGAAAACCUUCUGGUACCUGAGAUGGAGGAGCCAAGCGACUCAGACUCAGAGAGUCCAACAUCCCCGUUGACUCUCUGUCUCCACAAGCGAGACUUCCUUCCUGGACACUGGAUCAUGGACAACAUCAUGAGCGCCAUCGAACGCAGUCGUCGUACUAUCUUCGUCCUCUCAGAGAACUUCGUCCAGUCCGACUGGUGCCGCUAUGAACUGGACUUCUCCCACUUCUGGCUGUUUGAGGCCGGCGGAGACGCUGCCAUUUUGAUUCUGCUGGAGCCGCUGUCCAAGGACGACGUCCCCAAACGUUUCUGCAAACUGCGCAAACUCAUGAGCUCCACCACCUACCUGGAGUGGCCUCAAGACGAGGAGAGGAGGCCGGAGUUCUGGAGGAGUCUCCGCAACGCUCUGAGAGGAGACAAUGAGCAGGAGAACUAACAGAUAAAAAACUGAAGAGAAAGAGAAGAACUUGUACCUACUGUCAGUCGACAAUGUACCUAAUAAACACCGAGAUGGAUUGCUG